GAAGUAAACAUGUGGGGAAACCCGGAAGUGAUGGUCUUUGCAUGUCUGCUGUCCUUGGGGCUGCAGAGAGAGCUGAGAAGAUGUUCCUGACCUGUGUGAGCUAUGCGAAGAGUAAAUCCAAGGUUCUCCUGGUUCAGAUGAUGAGCGCGGCGGGGACCGGCUACAGCUUCAACACCAGGAGGAACAGACUGAAGGACAAGCUUAUCCUCAGAAAGUACGACCCCCAAGUGAAGCAGCAUGUUCUGUUCUUUGAGAAGAAGAAGGUCCGAUCCCUAUAACACCGGAUCCCACACCGAUCACAUGGGCCCUGUCCUGGGUGGAGGGAGAGGAUGACGCUGGUAUCUUGUGGAGGAAGCGGAUUGUUAUACAGAACAAUGGGGGAGGGCAGACGGCCAGCCUAUCUCUGCCGCCAUCAGCCGAUCUCUUCAUUUUAUUAUACGGAGAGCCGACCCUUCCUCCCGAGGUGCUCACCUUAUUUAUGUUGGCUGCUGCACUUCUUGGAAUUACAUUUUUCUUUUUUACCAAUAAAAAUGAUUUUUCUGA